GUAUAUCUAAAUAUCUAAAGCCAUGGCUCCAACUUCCUGAAGGGCCAGAAGUUCUGCCGGAGCAUCUCUGUGUAUACUACCCCGGUGGGUCCGUUUCUCUUCCCCGGACGCCUCAUAGCCCAAAAGGAAAGUGUGUUCAGGUCCCGUUUUAACAACAGCUCACAUUCCUGGACAGACUGACGGAGGAUAACGGCUCUGUGGUCCACAAACGGCAAGGCUGUACAGAAAAUGGCAAGAAGACAUCGCGACAGUCUGCUCUGCUUUAAACAGAAAGAGAACAAUGAGGAUCUCUUCUAAGAAAUGAAUCCAGACGUGCACAGCCUGACUGACGUGAGCAGCACCUAACAGGACGCAAACAAUGGGGAGCUCCAUACUGUUGGCCAGUGGGAUAUCCACUGUGGGCGGACUGGUGUUUGGUUACGAGUUGGGCAUCAUCUCAGGUGCUUUGCUUCAGCUCAAGGAAGAGUUCAGACUCUCAUGUGUCCAGCAGGAGGCUCUCGUCAGCUCGUUGUUGAUUGGAGCUCUGCUGGCUUCUAUCGUGGGCGGCUGCCUGAUCGACCGCCAGGGCCGCAAGAACUGCAUCCUCCUCAGCAACGUCCUGAUCCUCACAGGAACCCUGAUCCUGCUCAUCAGCUCCUACGCUGCACUGGUGGUGGGCAGGAUCACAGUGGGCUUUGCCAUGUGUAUAUCCUCCAUGUCCUGCUGCAUCUUUGUGUCUGAGAUAGUUACCCCUGACCGCAGGGGCUUCCUGGUAACACUGUAUGAAACUGGGAUCACUGUGGGCAUCCUGGCAGCGUACGCCAUGAACUACAUCCUGUCUGACUGUAAAAGAGGGUGGAAGUGGAUGUUUGGAUUAGUUGUAGUACCGACUCUGAUUCAGCUGGUCUCUAUCUGGUUUCUUCCAUCGAGCGCUACGGGAUCUUUAAACCAAAGAGAUUGCGCUCAAACUGAGCAAGACCUCAUGAGCACCGUCGAAAACCAAGAACCAGAUGACUCAAAAGUCAGCUCCAGCUCAGAAAACCAGAAAGUUCACUUGUACUUAUUCCAGCGUAAAGACAAUAUGAGGACCCGGACUGUCAUUGGCCUUGGUCUGGUGCUCUUUCAGCAGUUCACAGGCCAGCCGAAUGUCCUUUUCUACGCCUCCACCAUCUUCAACUCAGUUGGGUUUCAGAGCAAUGCCUCAGCACUGCUGGCGUCUGUAGGUCUGGGCUUUGUCAAAGUGAUCGCAACUCUGACCUCCACGGUGUUUUCAGACAGGGUGGGCAGGAGGCCUUUGCUCAUCAGUGGAUGCUCUGUUAUGGCAGUGUGUCUGAUAACCAUUGGACUCCUCAGUGGACACUCUGCGAUGAAUGCUAAAGGGGCUUGUAAUUCUGAGGACAUCAACAUUAACAAAACAGGUCUACCUCAUGUAGCUGUUGGUGAUGGGUCACUUUUUGAUGCGCCUUUUGAUGACACCCAAAGACUCAUUCAUAACAACACACAAGGUGAAGAUGUGGUACUUGAUAAAGUUAGACAGAACCCACUGGACGCUCCUCUGGCAGCUCCUCCUCGUGUCCAUGGCACAGUUGUGAACUGGAUCAUUCUCGUGUGCAUGAUGGCUGUUGUCAGUGCAUACUCCGUCGGAUUUGGACCAAUGACCUGGCUUCUCCUGAGUGAAAUAUUUCCGGCCGCCAUCAGAGGAAGAGCAUUCGCAUUUACCAGCUGCUUCAACUGGGCCGCCAACCUGUUGGUCACAUUCACGUUCUUGAAUUUUAUCAAUGCGAUUGGUGUGUCGGGGAUGUUUCUUUUGUAUGGGAUGAGUGCUGUGGCAGCUGGAAUUUUCUUCUACCUCAUGCUACCAGAGACCAAAGGGAAGACUCUGGAGGAGAUAGACAAGGAGCUGCGUCUAAACAGGUUCUAUCACAGUAAGGAGUGCUGUGGCUUCACCAGCUGGGGAAACACUUCACCACAGUACCAGAGAGUGCACUGCCAAGUGAGCACUGCAAGGUGAUUCAGCUGAUAUUAGAAAGCUGACACAAAUACACUACACGCAUAUAAGAGUGACAGUAGAUUUUAUUUUGUUACACUUGAUAUGUAACAGUGCGUGUUGUAUUUGUGAAACAUGGGAAUAAAGUGUGUUUUCUGUG